GCCAAAACAGACAUAAUGUCUGCGUAAGGAGCGGAUUCAGAGAGAUGACGACGAUAUCGCCGAGGCGUGACAGCGGAGGAAGAGCCCGCGACUGCCGCUCCUCGAAGAAGCAACGCCUUCCUUCUGUUUCUGAAGAAGAAUCUUCCGACGACUCAAGUUCCGGGGAAGAAGAAUCUGACGACGACGACUCAAGUUCCGGGGAAGAAACCGAAGUAGAAUUUCAAAAUGGCUCAAGCGAGAGCCGUGAAAGAGAGCUAGUGGUGCUGAGUGAUGAUAGCGACUCCGAGGACGAGAAAACAUACGCAGAGCUUCUUCGAUCAAGAAGACCACGAAGGCUUUCACCACCCAAAUCCCUAACGCUGCCGGAUUCUGACGUUCUCGACUGCCCUAAUUGCUUCGAGCCAUUGAGGAAGCCUAUCUUUCAGUGUAAUAAUGGCCAUCUGGCUUGUUCGGCGUGUUGCACCAAAUUGAAGAAGAGAUGUUUCUUUUGCGCAUUGCCUACCGGUGACAUUCGAUGCAGAGCCAUGGAGAAGGUCAUAAAAACAUGCGUAGUCUCAUGUCCCAAUGCAAAACACGGGUGUAAACAGAUCGCUACAUAUGGAAAAGAAGAAGCAAGCCAUGCGAAGCUGUGUCUUUUUACCCCAUGCUCAUGUCCCGUACUGGACUGUAACUACAUCGGUUCCUACAAGGAUCUCAACAACCACUUUCGCAUUACACACAAAAAGAGUCCUGGUGAAAUCAUGUCGAUUGAGUUCGGCCGUCAAGAAAUCUUUCGCCUUGACUUCAAUGAUGAUCCGAUUGUAAUCUGAUUGUAAUUCAAGGUUUCAAGGGAUCACACGGCGUGUAUGCCUCUGUGAGCCGUAUUGCACCUGUAGAGAGCAGAGAUGGUCCUUUGGUUGUAGUUCAGACUUCAGAGUUUUUAGAUGCCAGAAGGAAUGCGUAUGACUGUGAACUGUAUUAUAUAUGUUUAGUGGUGAUCACAUCACAUGAAGAUGCAGAUUUGCAUUGGUAGUGGAUAUAUGAGCACCUCCAUCAAUGGAAUGAGGGAAGGUAUCUAAAGCAUUAAAUAAUGAAAAAAAAAAAAAGGAAAGCAUCAAAGGAGAACUUCUUAGAUAUUCUUAGAUACCAUA